UGGUAUGCGUUUGAGUAUUUGAGAAGUUUUGCUGCGUGAUGCAAUAGCUGAGUUUGUUCUGAAAACGGAAAUAAAACUCCUUCAAGAUGAUAAUUCCGCAGUACGACUUGUCGCAGAGUAGUUCCUCUGUUUGUGUGAAAGUGCGUGCCCCUUAUUCGAACUUCACAGAAGCGGAUUGGGAUACUGAAGGUGGAGUGUUUCUAUUCCACUGUCAGCCAUACUUUCUCAGGCUAGACUUCGGGACUGAUUUCGACCAGAUUGGAUCCAAGUCUAGCUAUGACGUGGACCUUGGCGUGUACUCGUUCUCUCUAGCUAAAACAUUUCCCGGAACAGAAUACAAACUACAAGUACCGGAUACGUCUGGUGCUGGCCCAGAAAAUUUACCAAACAGCUUGAAAAAGGAAAAUGCAGGCAACAGACUGUCCAAAAAAGAAGAUUUGAUCUUUGAGAAAGCGUGCGUUGAGCUAGAAGGAGAUUCAAUCAGUUCAGAUGAAACGUCUUCAGAAUCUGAUGAAGAUCAAAACAACGCGGAUGCGUCUUUGAAGUGUCAGGCUGGAUAUGGAUUCGGAAAUACUCUCACUGGGAAACUUGACUCAAUAGACGAAGUGGCAUCGGGUGUGUUCGAAUUGUCUCCUCUUUUGCUACCAGAGCAUCGAACUCUAAGGAGACGAGAAAUAGAAAAUGUCCGAAUAGCAGAUAAUGCCAAUCAUCUCCGAAAAAGCUUUUUGGACGAAGAAGUGCGGAACGCGGCUGAUAUGCUGGGCGAGGACCCUUUGGAGAAGCAGUGUCUCGGAAUUUCUCUUGAAUUGGAUAAAAUUCAGCUGACAAGAGAGCACAAAGACAUUUUGAAGGACUUCCGAUUCAGGAAGCUGUUGUUGGAAGGUAGUCAGUCUAAACUGUGCUAUAUUACCCUGCUUGAAAUUUUGCUCGGCUGGGCUUACGACAGGCGAGUCUCCGGAGGCGAAAGACACUCGGAGUCCUGCUGGAACAUUGUCCGUCUCAGUCCCACAAUCUCUUGUCUUCUGCCUCAUAAUGAAAGUUUAUCUUCAGUACCGUCUUUGACACAGUGUUGUGAGGCAUUUGCUCAGAGGGUGAUACUGUAUCCGCUUUGCAGAAGUUUGACAGUUGCUAAUGCAUGUAUACAGGACGUCUCUCAACUUCUUCUGAACUCCAACUACUCUGACUCGACUCUAUUACCAUCUCCUUCGACUGUCAAUCACGAGGCAUUGCUAUCUAUAAUUUUGGACGUGUACACAUGUAUGGGCAGUAAUAGCGGUGAGGCCUGGUAUCUUAUUAAUGAACUGUUCAUGCGUCCAUGUAUCUCUUGGCUACACGUCAAUGCCGACCAAAGAGUUCUGCGUGCGAUAGGGGAAGAUCUAAAACACAUCAAAGUUAACGCAGAUAUGUUGCCCAUGUAUGAUAUGGUGAUGUCAGUUAACGGGACAGGUGCUGAAGAAUCAGAACAGAUGUUGAUGCAGGGUCUCAAAAGUCUGGGGCUUCAAGAAGUACAAGAAUGUGACGAUAGGAAUGAAUCACCUGAAAAGAAAAUGCUACUGUGUCGCGUGAAGGAAACAAGUUCGGAUAGCGAUGAUGACUAAGUUUUUUUUAGUCUAUCUUGACUAGCACUGUGGACGAAGAUUUGUUUUUGUUUCAAUUUCGUUAUUUGUUGAAGUAAUUUUUGAAGCUUC